AUGGCGUACUGGCCGACGAGCGGCGCCUACUACUGGACCACGUGGCCGCCGCUCGGGGACACGGCGUACGCGUAUCGGACGCCCUAUGUCUGGCCCGCGUGCGCCGGGGCGCCAUCGGCUAUCACCCCGGGACCGGCGCCGCCGAUACCGCUCGCGCCCCCGGGGCCACCGCCGAUGCCGCCGCCGUACUACGGGCAGCCGCUGCCCACGAGCGCACCGGCGGCCCCAGUGGCCAGACCCGCCGCACAGAUGCAGGCUGCAUGGAUGUCGCCGUACUAUGCCCAGCCCCCGCCGAGCAGCGCGCCGCUCCCGCUGCCCCGCCCGCACUCGGCCGCGCCCGGCCCCGCGCCUCCGAAUAUCCCAGCGUGGGCGACGGAGCGCGAGCCCGGCCCGCCUCCCGGGAGCGCACCGGCGUGGGCACGCAGCGCAGGAUCUGUGGGUUCACCACCUCCACGCAUGUGGCCGGACGACCCCUGGGGCUUCGCGGACGAGCAUGCGCCGCCCCCGAUGACCGCACCGGCGCGUCUGCAGCAACGGCCGGCGCAUAGGGCCAGCCCUGGCGGGACGUUGCUCUCCCCGCCGCCGCCGUACGCUAGGAGAGAUCCGGCCGAACUUGAAGAAGAGGAAGAAGAGGAAGACGAGGACGGAGAGGAGUUUUACGGCGAGGAUGAAGAGGGAGAUCACUGGGGCGAAUUCGGCCGUGGAAGACAGCCGUCGGGCCCGGAUCCCUGGGGAUCCGCAGCUGCAUUCGGGCCGGCGGCGGGCCCGAGCAUGCCGCCCGCGCCGUGGGACGGCGCUGCACGUGGCAGACAGCCUGCGCCGGCGCCCGCCACACCACCCGCACCCCGGCCGCGCGCCCACUCAUUCUCCGGUGCCACCGCCCCGGCAGUCGCGCCGCCGCCGGGCGUGCCGACCCUCCCCUUGGCUCAGUACGCCUAUACGUGGCCGCAGUUCACGAAUCUUUGGGCGGCUCAUGCCCAGUACGCACCUUCCCAACCGAUGGCGUGGCCGUCAGGGCGGGUCAUCCCGUCGGCUCCGGUCACACAGCCGAUGGCCUGGCCGGCCGGCCCCGUGAUCCCAUUCACGCCGGUCAUCCACCCGAUGGCCGCGACUCCGGUCGGCCCAGCCCAGCGGCGCGGGAUCACCGUGCCGCAGCACAAGCUCGCGAAGCCGCCCUCGACUAAGAGCUGGUGGCCGCGGUGCCGCAGCAAGUCGCGCGAGCCGCGGCCCCCUUCGCACCGCGGCACCUGGAUGCGUCAGGACUGA